CUCGUCUUCUCUUUGGAUCUUGAGAGUAUCUUACGUAAAUAGGUUGAUUUCCUGAUAUUCACUCAACCACAACUGUUUCAGAUGUCUGAAAACAUGGAGAAAUCUCCGGAGCUGUCAUCACUUCCAGACGACGUUACCAUUGAGAUCGUAGCUCGUGUACCCAUAAGCCAAUACCCGACUCUCAACCGCGUUUCAAAGAGUUUCAGGAAACUCAUUGCCUCUCCUACUCUCUACGAGAGGCGAUCCCAGCUAGGCUACAAAGAACACCGUGUCUAUGCUGUCCUCCGCAACCCCAAUACUCAUGAUGAUUUCGGUUUCUACAUUCUCCACCGGAAAGUCGGCUGCAGUAACCGCUUGGUCAUCGCCGGAUCACUUGAUCACAUGUCUUACGAUGGAAUCUAUGUCUCGGUUGGUUCGAAGGUGUACGGGUUUAGCGAUCUCAAUGCGCUCAGCAUUGACUGCACCUCUCACACGGUUCAGCCCAUCUCUCACAUUCCUCAGGUUAUGACUAUUAGAGUUGCUAAUGUCAUCGACAAGAAGGUUUACCUGAUUGGUGGUUCCUAUUUUCCGGUUGGGUCGUGGGACACGUGGAAGAGUGAAGUCACGGUGUUUGACACAGAAACACAAUCAUGGGAGCCUAAGUUGGUAAAGGAAGACAUGCAUGUAGGUCUUGGUCCCCUUAGGUAUGAUUCUGUGGUGAUGGAAGGUAAGGUUUACGUGAAAGGUGGCAGCAAGGACGACUCUUUUGUUUAUGAACCAGAGGAAAGGAAAUGGGAAUUGAUGGACGAGGUGUUGAGUUCUAAGGCCUGGAAGGGUGCAUGUGUGGUUGACAACGUCUUGUACUAUCACGAUUGUCCCGGGAAGGUUCUGAUGGCAUAUGAUCCAAAGCAGAUGUGCUGGAGUGUUGUCAACGGUUUGGAAGAGUUUUUGGCCGUGGAGACUGCCCACUCAAUUUGGUCCGCUGCGGUGAGCUAUGGCGAGAAGAAGUUGGCUCUCUUCUUUCUUAAAAAAUAUGACGGCAAAAAUGUCAUUUGCUGUGCAGAGAUUGCUUUGGAAAGGCGCCAAGGAGGAGAUAUUUUGGGUAAGAUGGAGUCGUGUGAUGUUGUGAUUGAGAAUGGGCUGUUUGACAUUGUCGAAUUUGUUUCUGUUACCGUUUGAUUUGAUGCAGCAUAAUAAUAACAGUAUCUCUAUGUAGAUCCCUUCGUAUUUUAAAGGAAUUAUCCUAAAUGCCAUCUCGUGUGUUCGCAAGUUUGCUAACAUUGUUUAUGCAUGUUAGACAAAACCUUUGAGUGCGUUGUUUUAUGUUGUCGUUUAAAACUUUGGGCUAUGGUCUGUUAAAUUUGCUAUGUUUUAUUCUUGAAUAAUUAUUGCUAUGGUCUGUUAAAUU